CAAAUCCCAAUUCCAUGAGCGCAAAUUCCCCAACUUUGAAAUCGGAAAAAUGGACACCGACAUUUCCCGGUGGGUGAUGGAGUUCCUCCUCCGCAGUUCCGUUCCCGAUUCCCUAAUCCAAAAAGCCCUAAACGCUCUUCCUCUCUCCGGUGCCGACUCCCGCCUCAAGAAGACCCUUCUCCUACGCACUCUCCGCUGCCUCCUCCUCAAGGCCUCCCUCUCGGAAACUGUGCUCCAAAUCCUCGAACUCCUCGAAGAAAUCGACGGUGCCUCCACCUCUGUCGCGCUCCGCCGAGCGUACGUAGCCGUUGCCGUCGAGUGCACUGUAAAGUACCUCGCCGCCGCACCCGAUGAUCCAGAGGGGGAGUUUUCUGGCGCCGUGAGGCGGAUCUGGCGCGGCCGCGUGGCGGCGGUGGAGGCGCGCCGGAGUGGGCUUAUGUCUGGCGAGCUGACGCGGUGGCGGGACGACGUGGAGGCAGCGCUUGGGGAUUCUAGGGCUUGCGAGAGGCUGGCGGAUUUGAAUAGCAGGAGGGAGGCAAUGAAAGAGUUGAUGACCUAUUUGAACGAAGCGUGGGAAUCGAUGGGUCCUUCGUUCUUGGAAUCGGUUGCGGCGAUGUCGAAGGGUUUAACCAAGCAGAAAGAGGAUUUUGUUGUUAGUGGUAACUGGAUUGAUAAUGGUCAUGAUAAUGGAAAUGAUGGUGAUCAUGCAUGCAUGGAGGAUGUGGCAAUGCAUGAUGAGAAUCAGGCCAUGCAACAAUUGGAAGAGAAAAUUGAUGCGAAUCCGGAAGUGGGUGGGUGUGACUUGCCACUUCAGAGAGAUAAAGUAAUUCAAAAGCGGAAUCUUCGUGUUAAACACAAACACUCUACAAUUCGUGCAUGUCAUAAGGGAGUUAAAAUAAAUAAUUCAGGGGAACUCGAGUCCGCAAAAUCAGGGAGCAAACAUGAUUCUGUUCGUAGUUCUGAAGUCAGAAAAGUUAGAGAAUCCCUUAAAUCAAGUUCUUACGAUUUAAGAGCAUUGGUCAAUGAUCCUCUUCCUGAUGCAUUGCAUUUAUCUGAAGUUGUAAGAUCAAAAUUGGCGACAAGUGAUACAAAUAUUGAGCCACCUAUUGAAAACCAGAGUCCAGAUGUAGAUGUACCAGAUCCAAAUGUUUGCCGGAGUAUUGUACUUUUUCAGUCUAAUGAUGCCAAUCUUGGGAAGAAGUCUUCUGUUCAUUGUAGUGAUAUGCAUCAGCCCAACUUAAUGGAACGAAACAGAACUGCCCACACGCUUGAGUGGGAUGAUUCAAUAGACAACUCGCCACAAGUAAUACAGCCUAGGAGGAAGAAAAGGAAAUGGAGUUCGUUGGAAGAGGAGACACUAAGGGCUGGUGUAAAAAUGUUUGGAGAAGGAAACUGGGCAACGAUCAGAAGUUUUUACAGUAACAUAUUUGACAACAGAAGUGGAGUUGAUCUGAAGGACAAGUGGAGAAACAUGAUACGAUUACCCUAAUGUGCUACUUGAACAUUCAUGUCUAUAUCUUGUGGAGGACUCUAAUACUUUCAGGUAAUGACAAUUUUGAUAGCAACUUCUCUCUGCGAUCAAGUUUUGUUAAAACAGCAUCAAAUAGUACAGUUAGUGAGGACCAACUGGGAUCCAAAGUUCAUCCGUGACUGGUUUCAACGACUCAGCUGAAGUCAAAAAUCAUCUGUGGCCGACUUGUCACACCGAUCCAUGUGUGUCUGCCCUAGACAAUAGUGACAACCAUAUAAAAUAUGCAAUUAUAUUGGCAAUCAGAGGCUUGUAUUAGUUUUACCUGCAUUCAUUUUGGCAGCUACUGUGUGUAGAGUUUUCAAUUGGUGUAUUAUACAGAAGAAGAAAGGAACUUGGUAAUGUUGUUCAAAACUUGAUGAACAAAUUGCAGAAGCAUUUUGACUCAUUGUAGAAAGACAUGGUGUAGCUUAUUACAAGAAAAGGUAUAUUAUUAACUUGGGGUCUACAUUACAGGUUCCCAUUCUGGUAGAGUACGAAAGAAAUCAAGUCAAUUUCGAGGUCUGAAUUAUACUAGUUAUGGUAUUUAAGUUUUAAUAUGUAUAUGCAAUUAUAGUUCCUUCAACGGCUACAUGUAUGAUAUUGAUAGCCAUGUAAAUUUAUAAUCUAACUCAUAUUUUUCUCUAGUAAGAACUCACAGAUAGGGUACAUAAACUUUAAUUGAUGUCUUAUUUUUUCUUA